AGAGAGAAGAUUUCUUCACCCAUGGUCAAAUGUGAGUCCUGGAGUGCCUUAUAUAAACCUUCCUGGCCCAGCAUGCCUCACCAGUGUUCCUCCUUCCUACAGCUCCGGUGUAGCCUGUGCAUUGAGGGGUCAACUCAAGGCCAGGAAGAUGUCUACGACGCUGGAAGAAUACAUGGAGGGAGUCAUUAACGUCUUCCACCGGUACUCCGUGAGGGUGGGGGAUUUUGACACCCUAACUAAGGGUGAACUGAAGCAGCUGAUCACAAGGGAACUUCCAAAAACCCUCCAGAACUCCAAAGAUAAAGCUUCCAUUGAGAAAUUGUUCCAAGAGCUGGAUACUGAUCGUGAUGGACAGAUCAGCUUUGGGGAGUUUAUGAAGCUGUUGGUCCAAGUGCUGGUGACAGCCCAUAACCAUAUCCACCAAGAAUAGGAAGCUCUCUGAGGGUUUCUUUCCUAGAAACGUCUCCAAGAGGCUCCUCACUUCAUCACCAAAGACUAGCCUUGCCUGAGGGGGAAAAAAAAUUUGGAAGUGAUAGAUAAUAAAUGUACUUUUAAAACAUU